AUGGGCAAGCAGCCCAAAUUGCCUUUUUGGCGAGCUUCUGUGGAUCCUUGCGAGACGCAGGUAACACCGCGCCUGGCUGCGGCUCAGCGUGCAAUGGAACUCACGCCGAGCCGCCUCGAUGAGAUCCGCUGGACAUUCAGCAAUCAUUGUCGGGUCAAAGCUGUACAGGUCGUGCGGGGUUACUUCACGUGGAUGAGACAAACAUAUUGCAGAAUGGUCCACGAAGCAGAUCACACGCCAACCUGUUUCGUGGCACCACGCUUUGACAUGGAAGGGGCAAUCCUUCGUUCUGCAAAUCCGGUGCAGCCGCUUCUUGGAGGAAUGGCGCGCAGAGAUGCGCGUUGGGCGACCGCAUCCAAUGUCAUAUUCUCUCACCUUCGCCACUAUCUCCUCUUUGCUCUCGAACACCAGCGGCGACGUUUUACCGCUUGUGGGACAGAGGGGUGGCGACGUUUCGCCGCGAAUCGCAGCAGCGGCGACGUUUUACCGCUUGUGGGACAGAGGGGUGGCGACGUUUCGCCGCGAAUCGCAGCAGCGGCGACGUUUUACCGCUUGUGGGACAGAGGGGUGGCGACGUUUCGCCGCGAAUCGCAGCAGCGGCGACGUUUUACCGGGAACGCCCCCUUGGCGACCUUUUGCCAAAGGCCGGCGACUUUUUUCAUUUACUCGGAGGGGAGAGAGAGAGUUCUCACUUUCCAAAAUGUUCUCCUGUUGCCUGAGCUUGGCUUCAACAUACUUUCUGCAGGACGACUUGUGGAAGCAGGCAUGACAGUGACUCUGCAUCCCGAGCACCCCAGUCUGAGCGAUGAGCACAUGACGAUGGAGCUGGCAAAGAAUGGGGCAACAUACUACUUGCGUGCCAAGCCACACCGACCUGGCCAACCAACUCAGCGAUGCAUGGCCAUCACGCCCUUGGAGACAUGGCAUAGGCGGCUCGGUCACCGUGCGUGGCAGGAUGUGAAACGAGUGCUAAGCGGGAACGGCAUACAGACCACGACAGACGAACCUGACUGCACGGACUGCCUACCCUACAAGACGCACCGGAAGCCGGUGAAGAAGAAGUCACAGCCACAUCAUCUGGAACCUGGCGAUCGAAUCCAUGCGGAUAUCCUGGGCCCAUACCAAGGAUGCCACCAGGGAUACGCGUACGUGAUGCUGUUUGUGGAUGAAAGAUCCAGGUAUGCUGAGGGAAUCGCGAUGAAGAAGAAGUCCGACGCAGCAGCAACGCUUGCGCAGUUCGUUGCGACUACAGCUAUCCCAGUUCAAAGAGGCACGCUGAUGCAGCUUGACUACGAUCCAGUGUUCAAGUCUCAAAGAUUUGCGACAACAGCGACAAGGCUCGGGAUUGGUUUGCGCUACUCGCCACCCUACACGCAUCAGCACAAUGGAGUGGCAGAAAGGAACUGGAGGACGAUCAAAGAAACAGCUGCGGCCAUCCUAGGAACGUCGGCGAUUCCACCACAACAGCGAGGCCGGUUCACCAUUGCGGCUAUUCAACACGCGACCACAAUCUACAACUGCAUGCCACACACCGGCACGGACCAUACGACGCCAUACACAGCCCUGCUGGGGAAACAACCACCUCUUCAGAUGCUGAAAGUGUUCGGUUGCCGCUGUGUCAUCUAUGAUGAGACUCAAACCAGCGAGUCGCCAUUGCCCCCGCGAGGACUCUGGGGAUUCUACCUCGGGCUGGAUCAGUCUUGCAACGGGCACCGUGUGUUUGUCCAAGCCACGGGGAGAGUGCGGGCAGGAAUCAAUGUUGACUUCGUUGAGCGAGCACAGGCAGAACAGCAACAACAGCAAACGGCUGAAACGAAAACUGACGGUGAACAUAUUAAAGCAGCGCAUCGCACGGUCUUCGGCGGACGCGUCACAGCACAACAACAGCAGCCUGUGGCCUACGACGACCACAACAGUGGACACGUCGGGACAGAGCAACAUGCGGCCUACGACGACCACAACAGUGGACACGUCGAGGCAGAGCAACAUGCGGCCCACAACAACCACAACAGUGCACAAGUCGGGGCAGAGCAACAUGCGGCCUACGACGACCACAACAGUGGACACGUCGAGGCAGAGCAACAUGCGGCCCACAACAACCAAAAUGGUGGACACGUCGAGGCAGAGCAACAGGCGGCCUACGACGACCACAGCAGCGAGGCAGAGCAACAUGCGGCCCACAACAACCACAGCAGUGCACACGUCGAGGCAGAGCAACAUGCGGCCUACGACGACCACAACAGUGGACACGUCGAGGCAGAGCAACAUGCGGCCUACGACGACCACAACAGUGGACACGUCGGGGCAGAGCAACAUGCGGCCUACGACGACCACAACAGUGGACACGUCGAGGCAGAGCAACAUGCGGCCCACAACAACCAAAAUGGUGGACACGUCGAGGCAGAGCAACAGGCGGCCUACGACAACCACAGCGGCGAACACACGGGUGAAAACGAACCAUCAGAGGAUCACCUGAUGCCGACUGUGGCACCUGAACACGAGAUCACACAUGAACUCCAAACAUCAGCAGCCUCCUCGACCACAGCAAACACGAAACAGCCGCUGAGGCGAUCCAGCAGAUCCCGAAAGACAGUGGUGAAGAUGUGUCUGACGGCGAAUGUGACAGACCGGGUUACACCAAAAACGUGGGGGGAGGCAAUGGAGAGUGAUGACAGGCAGAAGUGGAUGGAGGCAUUCUCGGAGGAAUGGACCAACAUGACCACAUUUGACGUGUUUGAUGUGGUCGAAGCCAGAGACAUGCCGAUGAAGACGAAGGUUCUGCCGAGCACGCUUGUACUCUCGGUGAAGCAUCAGCAAGAUGGAGAAGUGAGGUAUAAGGUGAGGAUGGUAUGUUGCGGCAAUCGACAGCAUUCGUCGACGCUGGGGGAAGUGUUCGCGCCCACAGCACAUGCGGAUGCACUGAGAACAACGCUGGCGGUGGCUGUGAUGAGGGGGUGGCAACUAUGUCAAUUUGACGUGAAGGCGGCUUUUCUUCAUGCGCCGAUCGAUGACCACAACAUCUAUGUCAGGCCACCGGCAGCGGCCAACCUCCCAGGCAGUGCAGUGCUGCACCUCAAAAGGUCGCUCUACGGCCUUCGCCAAGCACCCCGACUAUGGCACCAGCAUUUGAGCAAGGAGCUGCAAGCGCUUGGGCUCCUCGCAGUCAAAUCAGACGCAUGUGUGUUUGUCUCCGCAACAGCUAUCGUGUGUGUCCACGUGGAUGACUUCAUCGUAGCAGCAGACAGCCAGGGACGCAUUCACGAGAUCAGCACCAAGCUCGGCAGGCAUCUGAAGGUGAAAAACCUCGGGGAGCCUACCUCCUACCUGGGCAUGGACCUUCACCGCACCACAAACGGGCUGAGGAUCAGCCAAGAGCGGUACCUAAGAGGCCUUCUCCAAGAACAUGGACUACAGGACUGCAAACACAAGGCCACCCCGCUACCUCCAAAAGGAAGGCUUCACACAGCAACAGCACCGGACACGGACGUAGGGGAAUACCAGCGGCUCGUCGGAAGCCUCAUGUAUCUGGCAGUCAUGACGAGGCCAGAUAUCCGGUAUGCGACGUCAGUACUUGCCAAACAGAUGGCAGCGCCAACGAAACAACACCUACACGCUGCCAGACACGUGCUCAAAUAUCUCAAGGGACAGCCUGACCUCUGCAUCGUUUAUCGACGGCAACAACCACAACAACCGCAACACCAGCAACAGCUGACAGGAUUUGCAGACGCCAGUCACAACACAUGCCCUGUCACCUCAAAAGGCCAUGGCGGCUUCUGCUUCACCCUGGGCGGAGGACCAGUAUCUUGGUCAUCCAAGCAACUCCCUCUUGUCACGGCGUCGACAGCAGAGACAGAAUACGUCAGCAUUGCCACAGCUGCGCAAAGAGCAGUGUUUCUAAGACAACUCCUGAAGGAGCUGGGUGAAGACCCCGGCGUCACAACCAUUUACACGGACAACCAGCCGGCAAUUGCCAUUGCAAACAACAACAGCAGCAACGUCAGCAGCAAACACAUUCAUCUGCGAUUUCAUAUCCUGAGGGACUUAGUUGCAGAACGCGCCAUCAAGCUGCAGUAUCAACCUGGUAGCACUCUGCUGGCUGACAUGUUCACCAAGGCACUGCCCAGAGUCGCCCUUGACACCUGCAGGAGGCAGGUGCUGAGCAAGCCUUGA